AUGUCUCAACCUUCGAGCAACCCUCUGACUCACCCAAUGCAAGCCGCCAAAGAAGCUAUGGGCGCCGUUGGCGUCGACCCGCGCCCCAUGCAGCGCACCUCGACGUUUAUGAACGCCAACGACGGCCCUGCAGAGAUCAUCGCCAAGGUCUCUGGCGUUGUGUCUGCUGGGAAACGCAAGGAUGAUGCGCCGUACUUUACCAACAACGAGGGUAUCCCAUGGCCGGACCCCACCCAUAGCAAGAAUGUGGGUGGUCUCCCGCUCAUUAGCGACACCUUCCUCUUGCAGAAGCAGCAGACCUUCAACCGAAGCAAGACUCUUGAACGCAUGGUCCAUCCCUGCGGUUCCGGUGCUUUUGGAUAUUUCGAGUGUACUCAAGACAUGAGCGAACUCACCAAGGCAGGUCUCUACAGCAAGGCGGGCAAGGAGACUCCCAUCUUCCUUCGCUUCUCGACCGUCACCUUUGGUCGCGAGUUCCCAGACUCUGGCAGGAACCCUCGAGGAUUCGCUAUCAAGCACUACACUGAGGAUGGAAACUAUGACGUCGUCGGUCUCAACUGGCCCAUUUUCUUCUGCCGUGACCCCAUCCAAGGCCCCGAUGUCAUUCGCUCCCAACAACGAAACCCACAGAACUUCCUGUUGAACUACGACAGUCUCUUCGACUUCCUUGCUCAUACACCCGAGGCGAACCAUGCCGGUAUGAUGUUCUUCAGCGACCAUGGCACUCCCAACGGUUGGAGGAACCAGCACGGCUACGGUUGCCACACUUUCAAGUGGGUCAACGCAGAGGGCAAAUUCGUCUACGUCAAAUACCACUACCUCGCCGAGCACGGCCAGAAGCAGUUCACCUGGCCCGAAGCUGUCCGAAUGAGCGGCGAGGACCCCGACUACGCGAAACGCGACCUCUGGGCUGCCAUCGAGCGUGGUGAAACCCCAACCUGGACGAUGAAGGUCCAAAUCAUGCGUCCCGAGGAGGCCGACCCCAACAAGCUCGGCUUUGACCCCUUCGACGUCACCAAGGUCUGGCCGCGCAGCCGCUUCCCCAUGCACGAAGUCGGCCGCCUCGUCCUCAACAAGAACCCAGAGAACUACCACCGCGACGUCGAGCAAUCCGCGUUCUCUCCCGGUUCCAUGGUACCUGGAAUUGAGGACUCGCCUGACGCUCUCCUCCAGUUCCGCAUGUUCUUCUACCGCGACGCGCAGUACCAUCGCCUCGGUGUCAACCUCCACCAAAUCCCCGUCAACUGCCCGUUCAUGGCCAAGAGCUACUCCUCCAUCAACUUUGACGGUCCUCUCAGGAGUGACGCCAACACUGGCAUGAACCCCCACUACGUCCCCAACUCCUUCGUCAACAAGUUCCGCCCAGACACUGCCGAGGCGCCGUACCAAGUCUCCGACAACGUUGUCUCGCGCCAGUCGCACUUUUGGCAUGAAGGCAAGGACUCGGAUUACGAGCAGGCGCGCGAUUUGUACUUCAAGGUUAUGACACCUGAAGCUAGGAGCCACCUCCACACCAACACGGCAGUCCUCUUGAAGCAGGUCACCUACAAGAUAAUCGUGCUCAACUAUUUGGCGCAGCAGUAUCGUAUUGCGCCCGAGUAUGCGAAGGCGAUUUAUGAUCUUGUUCCGGAGCCUGGAUUUGACUUUAGUGAGGUCGAGGCGAAGGCGAAGGGCGCUGCGGUGAUGACCAAGGAGGCCAAGUUUGCACCCACGAAGGAGUUCCAUAGGUCGGUUGGUAUCCCUGCUACUGGGUUGGCUUAUAACUAG